CGAAAAGACCGCGACUUACAAAGCCCUGCUCUUCAGGCAGAUUGCUCUGGUUUGCGUAGAUAAGGGAGCAACACCCCACGCGAGACUUUCGGGGCCUAAAUUCAAAUAAAAAGCCUUAUCCCCAGAGCUUACCACCGAGGCAGAAAUUAGAGGGAGCGAGUGGCACUCUUCACCCAAACUUCAUAGAUUUGAUCCCCUCUCCAACAAUAAUAUGAAUUUUGGUUUUCUCACGCUUCUCCGAUAUUGAACUUGUUCAUUGAUGCUUUAUUUCUGACUUUCCCCCUUUUUUGGCCUUGAUAAUAGAUGGAUAGGUAUCAAAGGGUGGAGAAGCCAAAGGCAGAGACCCCUAUAAAUGAGAACGAGAUUCGCAUUACUUCUCAAGGCAGGAUGAGGAACUAUAUUACCUAUGCCACCACUCUCCUCCAGGAGAAAGGAUCUGUGGAGAUCGUUCUUAAAGCAAUGGGUAGAGCUAUCAAUAAGACUGUAAUGAUCGCUGAAUUGAUUAAGAGAAGGGUUGUUGGUCUGCAUCAAAAUAUUGCUAUUGGAUCAACUGAUAUAACGGAUAUGUGGGAGCCGCUAGAAGAAGGACUUCUUCCUUUGGAGACUACUCGACACGUUUCAAUGAUCACAAUUACUUUGUCAAAGAAAGAACUAGACAAGUCCUCUAUAGGAUACCAGCCUCCUCUCCCAGCUGAUCAAGUAAAACUUUUAAUUGAAUAUGAAGAGGAAGGAGAAGGCACACCAGUAAUGCGAGGAAGAGGACGUGGUCAUGGAAGGGGCAGGCGUAGAGGAAAUUAUAAUGGGGGUAUGGAUUAUAAUGGAGAUGGUUGGGAUGGUGGACGUGGCUAUGGUGGUAGAGGGCGUGGUCGUGCAAGGGGUCGCACUCUCCUCCGGGGUAGAGGACGGGGCUACGGUGGACGAUCAAUUGGUUAUUAUGAUUAUGGUGAAUAUGAUGCACUGCCUCCCCAACGUGGCCGUGGUCGUGGAAGGGGAAGGGGCCUUGGACGUGGUAGCAAGUUGAGAUCAGAUGGAGCCGGCAGGGGACCAGCCGCUUAAUUAAGCUGAGUCGGGUUGCCAUUAUGUAGAUGUCAAGUUUGAAGAUGGUUGUCCUCUUUGCUUUGUUCCUCUUGAGGUCUGCUUAUGUUCACGUAUAAUUUGGAGUGUAAAGUGUUGCAGCCAUCGUCCUCGGUCCUUGCAGUUUUGUCGUCUGAGUUUCUUAUCUUUUGUAAUGUCUCAGGUUUUAGUGACGAAGUUCUGUAGGUUGUUGUUAGGUAUAAUUUCUGUGUUUUCUUAGCAAUUUUUUCAUAUCAAAAUUGUAUAAUUUUUUUUUUUAAUCAAUAGAGAGUAUAGCAGUGAAUUCUUUUCAUAACUGAUUCAUGGAUGUUGACGUGAUGACUCAGCCCCUUGUCGAACCACCUCCCCGCAGAGUCUGAUGUUCUUUGGCGUUAUACUGUCGAUUGAGCUCUGGUAAUUGAAUCUCUGCCAUGCUAAGCUUGCGAGGAUGAAGCACCCAUUUGGAGUGUAGCCUGCAUUUAACCGUGGUUGUACAUCAACAUUUUUAACCAUCCCCAUUCCAUCUUUAUGGUUUGAAUUGACCUCGAAUGCUUUGACGGUGCUCGAUGACAGUACCUUGUUCAAAGGAACGAAGCAGCUCAUCAUUUUUUCCGUUCACAUUAUGAAUCGGCGCAAAAGGAUUUCUUUCUCGAA